AUGGAAAAAGCUUUCAAAGCACCUAUAGGAAGAACCCCAUUCCAGCUUGUCUAUGGAAAAUCUUGCCACCUCCCAGUUGAAGUUGAGUACAAAGCUCUAUGGGCAAUCAAGCUUUUAAACUUGGAUCUGGAGACAGCACAAGCUAAGAGAAGCCUUGAUUUACAUGAGCUUGAGGAGAUCAGAUUGGAAGCUUAUGAAAACUCCAAAAUUUACAAGAAAAGAACUAAGGCCUUCCAUGAUAAGAAGAUUCUCAUCAAGGACCUAAAGGCUGGAGACCAAGCCUUGCUUUACAAUUCAAGACUCAAGUUAUUCCCUGGGAAGUUGAAAAGUAGAUGGGGAGGCCCUUUUGAAAUAAAGGAGAUCCUACCAUUUGAAGCUGUCACACUUCUCAACAAGGAUGGUAGUAAGUUCACAGUCAAUGGUCAGAGGGUUAAGAAGUAUUUGGGAGAAAAGGAAACUCAUGAGAAGUGCACAAUGCUUCUCAAGGAUGCUCCUCAAGCUUGA